AGUGUGAUCUUUCUACCUACAGAUCGGGACUGACUGAGCCAACCACUCAUCAGACCACUAUGACAGCUAAACCAUCCAUACAGUAGCUCUCAUACUGUACUUCUGGUAACGGCAGAUGCUUGAGAAGAGCAUGUCAGCCUAAGCUUGGAGAUGGACUCCCCAUUGAAGAGUGGGACUGUGCAGUACCGACAGCAGCUUACGGUGGGCCCCCCUGAUGGAGGCUACGGAUGGUUCAUCCUGCUGGCCUGCUUCCUGGUGUUUGGGCUGACCUUUGGAGUGAUCAAGGCCUUCGGAGUGUUCUACAUGGAGAUCCACGGCUACUUUGAGGCCACAGCAACAGGAACCUCCUGGAUUACAUCCAUUGCUGUGGCAACCAUACACUGUGGAGCCCCCAUGGCGUCUGCUCUGAGUGCUCGCUACAGCCACCGGGCCGUGGUGAUGAUAGGGGGUCUACUGAGCUGUGUGGGGAUGGUGGCUGGGGCUUACACACAGAACCUGGUUCAACUUUACAUCACUGUUGGGCUCCUAACCGGUUUUGGUUAUGCCCUGACCUGGACCCCCACAGUGACCAUGGUGGGCUGGUAUUUUGAGAAGAGGAGGCCCAUGGCCAACGCCUUGGCCAGCGCAGGAGAGUGCAUCAUCACCUUCCUGUUUACUCCACUGUUCCAGCUGCUGGUGGACCACUACUCCUGGAGGGGGGCCAUGUUGGUGCUGGGGGGCCUGCAGCUCAACCUGUGUGUUUGUGGGAUGUUACUGCGCCCCCUGAACACCCCCACGAAGCUGCCUCCCAAGGAGGUCAGAGAGGAGGAAGGAGACUUGACGCUGGAUGCCUUGCCCCAGACUAAAUCCAGCUCUGAGGGGACAGUGGAGCGGACAGGCAAGGUCCAAGCCCAGAAGGCCAGAAAGGCUGAGCUAUGGAGCAAAGUCCUGCACUACGUGGACUACACACUCAUCACCAACCCCCGCUUCAUGGUCUACUCCAUGUUCGGGGUGUUUGCUGCUUUGGGCUUUUUUGCCCCGGCCCUCUUCCUUGUGCCCUAUGCCCGGAGCCAGGGAGUGGAUGAGUAUCAGGCGACUGCCCUCAUGUCCAUCUCAGCAGUUCUGGACCUGACGGGCCGGGUGUUCUUUGGCUGGGUGGCCAACUUGCAUCUAGUGGAGAUGGUGCAGCAGCUGACUGCCUCUGUGAUCUUGCUGGGUAUAGUCCUGCUGCUGUGUCCCCUUGCCUCCUCCUUCCUUGAGCUGGCUGCCUUCAGUUCAGCCUAUGGCCUGGUGUACGGGGCCACCGUCUCCAUCCACAUCACCGUGCUGGCUGAGGUGGUAGGCGUGCAGCGGCUGGGGAGUGCCCUCGGCUUCUUCAUGCUCAUCCGCAGCAGCGGUGGCCUCCUGGGGCCGCCCAUCGCAGGAUUCCUUAUAGACAAGAUGAGUGACUAUGGGACAGGCUUCAUCAUGGCAGGCGUGGCCCUCCUCAUCUCUGCCCUCUUUCUGCUCCUGCUGCACCAGAUGAACCGCAGGGCUCAGGGGUCAGCCAGGACGGGACAUGUAUGAUACGCCUAUGGACAGGCAGAAGGGGGAGGAGCUGUGGAAGUGGACGGUAGCACAGCAAAAAGGACUGUACAGACUGGGAGUACUGUACAGGAGAUGGAGAUUGUCUUUGUAACUGUAGGUGAGAGAAUGAGGUGGAG